AUGGCGUCAAAUACCCCCUUGACCUGUCUCCAGUGGCAGGUAUCCCCUGAGGGCACCUGGGCUCGUGAUGUCGACGAAUGCGAGAGAUUUUACAUCACGUCUUCGCGAAAGGAAAAUAGAUGCUUUCCCGUCAGCGGCUGUGCAUCUUUCAACGUCAGCCCUGUUGACUCGAUGCCUACCAUCGAUGAAGAAAACCGUGUUGAGGCGGCUCUGCAGAAGGCCUGGAUCACGCUUCGUUACCAACAUCUGACCCUGGGCUCCCGUAUCGAACAUGACGAAGAUGGCGACCGAUUGCGAAGAGUGUACCGGUCAUUUGAUACCGACGAUGGGCAGGAAAGCUGGGUGGGCUCAACCUUCAAAGUUGUCGAUACCGAUCUUGGGCCGCUCGAGUGGUUCAACAGCGACACAGCCGCUGCCUUUGAGACGGCCACUAUCUUUUUUGUGAGAUCCAAAGGGCAGGAUAGCGACCGUCGGGCAAUCUUAUUAGGAUGCCCCCACGACGUAUCCGAUGGCGUGGGCGUCUUGCAGCUGGUCAGUCAACUGUUCGACCACGCUGCGCAGGCUUUUGAAGAGGGAGAUGAGUAUUCCCUUCCCAAAUGGGGCAAGGAACACUAA